GCGAUGUUCACCGCCUGUGAACUGGGGGUGUUUGACGUGUUGUCGGCCGCCGAGCGCCCCCUCUCAGCUGAGGAYAUCAGUCAGGCGGUGGGGGCCAGUCUGGAUGGCACAGAGAGGCUGCUGGCUACCUGCUCCACCCUGCAGCUGCUCAACACACACCAGGACAACGGACAAGUUUUUUACAGUAACACAGAGGAGACUCGGGUCUUCCUCACACGUUCCAGUCCUUUGUCCCUCAACUUUUACAUCCAGUUCACGUCCAGAUCCACCUAUGUCUACUGGCAAUACAUAACUGAUGCCAUCAGAGAAGGACAGAGUCAGCAUGAGAAGGCUUUCGGAGUCAGCUCGAAAGAUGUGUUUCAGGCGUUGUACAGGAACGAUGAAGAAAUGAUGAAUUUCCUGGAGUUAAUGAAUUCUAUCUGGAAAAUAUGCGGUAAAGAUGUCAUCACAGCCUUCGAUCUUUCAUCUUUUAAGGACAUUUGUGACAUUGGAGGCUGCACCGGAGCAUUAGCCAAGCACUGCACGUCAGUCUACCCACAAUGCACUGUGACGAUCUUUGACCUCCCCAAGGUGGUGCGCAUAUCGCGGGAACACUUUGUCAACGAGGGUGAACAGAGGAUAAGCUUCCUUGAGGGGGAUUUCUUCAAAGACCCUCUGCCGGCAGCUGACCUCUAUAUUGUUUCCAGAGUCCUCCAUGACUGGACUGAUGAACGCUGCAUAGAGUUGCUCCYUGGAAUCUACAAAGCCUGCAAACCAGGAGGCGGUGUGCUGGUGGUGGAGAUGCUGCUGAAUGAGGAUGGAUCUGGCCCGCUGACGGCCCAUCUCCACUCCCUGAUCAUGCUGCUGCAGACGGAGGGCAAAGAGAGGUCAGGGUCUCAUCAUGCUGCCCUGCUAAAAGCUGCUGGCUUCACCAACAUCCAGUACCGAUUCACUGGAAAGCUCUACGAUGCCGUCCUGGGUUACAAACAGAAAUAGGUGCAAGAUUUUAUGCAAUGUCAAAAAAGAAAAAAAAAUUCUUGCAUUUACAAAAUUGUCAGUGUAGUUGUCUUGAUAUGUGACCCUGAAAGGAAUAAGCGUACAGAAAAUGGAUGGAUGGAUGGAACAUACAACCUUUUUCUGGAUUAGGCAUGGGUUGAUAAUUUGUUUCAAUUUCUACCACAGAAUCAAAACCACUAAAUUGUUUUGUUGUGCAAUCACUACAGUAUCAUAUUUGUAUCUUUCCUACUGGUGAUGGCGGCAAUGGGGUGCCGUUUGUAAAGUUACACAGUCAAAAA